AUGGGAAUGAGAAAAAAGGAAACAAUAAAGAAAGCACAUAAACCCGGUGUUGCGAAGGGCUUGUCAUACCGCAGACCGUGGGCUACGUUCGUCCCCACAUUAAUAUGUUUUCUUCUGUUAAACUACCUUGCGUUUGGGACGACCGUCGACGAAGAGGGAACUGACCUUGUUGUACCCUCGGGCCUUGGUGACAACAAUACUUCAUCCCUUUCGAAGCUGCAGUUAUUGUUUGAGGACCGCUUGAUGCGAAGUUUGUUUCGCGUUGGGCUAUUUAUGUUUCGCGAGAUGAAAGUGAUUCAACUUGUGGCUGUGCUAGCGUUCGUAAUACAUUGUGGGGAAGCAGGGCUUGCAGCAGGGAUUUGCAUUCGCUGCAAGGCAGACCGAAGGACAUUCGGAUUGUACACUGUAUUAACGCUUUUGGGUGGCGCCACGCAGCUCGGCCCGCUCUUUGAGGCAGAAAAGGACUACUUGAAGGACACCACAAACAUUACAACGAAGGACGACGUAUCGAAGAAGGCAUAG